UCUCUCUCUCUCUCUCUCUCUCUCUCUCUCUCUUCGCUGAAGCAUCGUUGACCGUGUUUGCAAAAACAUGCUACUUUCUUACUCGCCGGCGGUCGAAAAUCCGCUUUAAUUACAUUCACAACGGCGCAACAUCGUCGCGCUCGGCGAGCGAAGAUCAGGCAGAGAUAAGUGAACCCUCGACGAUUGUUUCACAUCGAUUCGAGGAUCUCCCGCCGGAAGUGGAGAUUAACGGCACUUCCUUUCUCUCUCUCUCUCUCUCUUUCUCUCGGCAGGAUUGUAUCUAUACGCAGACCGCUCGAAAUUCGCGCACAGGCAAGCCGGAACGCCGCAACAGGACAAAUUACCGAGAGAAUAGAAGCACACCCCAACUGUAUUGUGUUAUAUUAACGAGCGGAUUUAAUUUCAUACUCUCGAGGAUUGACUCGUUAUUUGAACGAAAAGUAAGGUGAGUUUGAUUCGUUACUUUCAAUUGAGAUUAAUCGGAAAUCAACUUUGCAGGGGCUUCGAACUCUUCGCCGCUGUCAUGCGUGAAAGUAUGGACGAGGAGAACAACGACGACGACGACGCAUCCGGAGCGAAGCGUGUCGAGGACGUCGUCAUCGCUCAACGUCGCUGUCCCUAAUAUAUGUGUGUAUAACCAGUGGCGCGUACAUCGUGGCAUAGCCUUGCAACGACGAUGAUGAUGGGGCUAUCGAACGCGAGUGCACACCCUCUUGUCGAGAGUGCGCGCCAAAGGGAAGAUUGGCAGCACUCUUAUCGCGUUAUCAGUGGCCACUACAGCACCGUUGCUGCCGCCGCAGCUUGUUUGGUCGUUCCCCUUUUCUUCUCAUCGAUUAUCGAUCUCGCCCGAUUAUCUCUCGCCGCUUAUUAUAAACAAUUCAUCGUCAAGCAUGACGCUUUAUCAAUUAAUCCUAGGAUGCAUGAGGAUACUGUUGUGUAUUAUUAUAUACGACGUCCCCCGUCAUCUUCCGUUAGAUUUUGCGUCUUCUUCCAAGCGACUUCUGGAGGAAGCUACUUCCCCCGUUGAAUGCUCUUUCAGUGUUCAGUUUAGAUUCAUCACUUUUCCGCAUUAUUCGAUUAUUCACCGUCGAGACUCGUGCGCCGAGCGGCGAAUUUUUAUCAAGCGACUGAUUUGUAUCGUGCGAUCGACCGUUUAACUCAGUUACAGUGCGAAUCCUACGUGUAAUGUGAGAGUGAUUGUAUGUUACACAGGGUAUUCCCAUAGCUCGCGAUUUUAAUUUUACAACGAGGAGAAACCCCUCGCGAUAAAUAUAAAGUCGGUCGUUUUUGCGCGAGAAUUAAAGCCGCGAGCGAGAGUUAUGAGGCAUCCUGUGUACACUUGUCAGUCUCAACUAUUGUACGCUGUGUGGACAAAAUAAUCUAUUUUUACACGGGAAGAAUACAGAAAGACGAAUGAGCGGGUGAGCGCGCAGGUACCCCUUGGGGAUACAAGCUUUCAGGUCUCAUGCAUCUCACGUGCAUUUACUUGACUGUAGUUUUUUAACUCGCAAUAAACUCGUACCACUCGUGCUUUGUGAGAUUGGUAUAUGUGUAUGCGUGUAAGUGUACUACGUACAUGCAGGAGGCACGACUAAAUAUUAAAUGCACAGAUGCACACAUAACGCACGUUCAUUUGCAAGGCAGACUAUGACAUGUAUUUCGCUCAAGUUUUUCGUCUUUGGCAAGCAUGAUGCGGUUGAAUCAUGCUAUGCAACUAUAAACAAAAAGGAACGCUCGUAAAGUAUUACAUUCUUACCUUGUUGAUACUGCACUCCGUAGAAGUAUUCCAUAUUAUGUUAACAAUAUCUACCGAUCUUAUCUAUUAUUUAUCGUCAAGAAACUUCAUAAAAUCGCAGGUCAAUUACAUUAACAAGCUGACAAAAUAUAUUAUGACGAAAUAUAUUAGCUUUCACUAAUAAUCGUUUUCGACCACUCGAGACACGUUACCUGCUAUUUAAUUGUGCUAAUGAAAUAAGAUUCAUCUGUUUUUUUAUCGAGUCGUAUUAUUUAAAAUUUAAAAGAAACGCCUCUUAGUUUAGACGCUAGAUUUAGUUAGACGCUAGUUAUAAUUUAUUAAAAUAUGAUAUUCAAAAUAUUACUCAAUAAUAAAACUAACGAACAUUUGAGAAAUAUUAUUAUUAUAGUUGACUAAUUUGAUCUUAAAACACAGAUGGCACAUCAAUCAAUCUGUAGAGCGGUAUUGAGUAAAAUACCGGCGCGCAUGGCCGCUUCUAAGUUUCUGUUUCUAUUUACUUUAUUGGAACACGUGUGUACACAGCACCAGUCGUAACCUUAUCUUUCGUUUUUAACCUAUAUAUUUAUAAAGAAUAAUAAUGGCGUUAAAACAUAAAUUAAUCAGAAAACGAAAGCAAGAAGAAAAUAAUGAUGCACAACCCAAAUGGGCCAACAGGCAACGAAUAUUUGCUACUCGAGGGAUCAAUCACAGGCAUCGACAUCUCAUGGAAGACUUGAAAACACUUAUGCCACAUCAUCGACCUGAAUGCAAAAUGGAACGUACCAAAACAUUGCAAAUGGUAAAUGAAAUGUGCAAGAUGAAGAAUUGCAAUAAAGUUGUCCUGUUUGAAGGCCAGCUGAAGCAGGAUCUUUAUAUGUGAAUUGCUAAUGUACCUAAUGGUCCAACUAUAAAAUUCCUUGUGGAAAACAUUUACACAAUGGGAGAACUGAAAAUGACUGGAAACUGUUUGAAAGGAUCUCGACCAUUACUCUCAUUUGAUCAAUCUUUUGUCAAACAUGCACAUUAUAAUCUCUUGAAGGAAUUAUUGACACAAAUAUUUGAGCUAUCAUAUCAUCAUCCAAAAAGUCAACUAUUCCAUGAUCAUAUAUACAUGUUUAGUUUUCUGGACAAUAGAAUAUGGUUCUGAAAUUUUCAAAUUUUAACUGAAGAUGGUGCAUUGACUGAAAUUGGGCCAAGAUUUGUACUCAAUCCUGUCAAGGUAUUUGCUGGAAGUUUUGCUAGUGAUAUUUUGUGGGAUAAUCCCCAUUAUAUUUCCCCUGCUAAGUAUCGGCAAUCAUCGAAAUGAGCAGCUAGAAAAUAUAAAAACAGGAUAGAACAGAAAAUGGCAUAAGAAGUAAAUAAGCCUGAACGAUCUUAUGCUCUUAAUCCCAUGGAUAAGAUAUUGUAAGAAUUUUUGUUAGUUAUUGUAGAAAAAAAUUAAAAAUAUUUUUUUUUCUUUAUUUGCCACUAAUGUACUUGUGUACUUGUACACUUGUAUCAUUUUACAAUAAAUGAUUCUUUUGAUGUUCACUUUUCACUUAUAUAUA